CUGUCGCCUUGGCAACGUGCGGAGGACCGUCCUUGGCAACCGGCGUGCGACCUUAGUUACCCGCAGACAGCAACAUGGCCGAGGAAGAGGAAGGGAUCGUCAGACCUAAAAGGAUCUUUAUCAAUAACCUCGACUCGUACGCUGCCAGGAACAUCGGCAAGUAUCUGUCUGCCUGCAUUGCUGGAGCUUCCUUUGAAGAAAUUGAAGAGGAGGCAGAGGAGCAAGAACACUUGUCAGAGGAUGAGGCAGUCCGCAAACCCAAACAGGGUCUCUUCCAGAUAGUAGGGACUCUGUCCAGCCCUCCGGACAGGAAGCUGGGUUUUCCAGUGGAAACGUAUGUGAUUUCAAAUAGACAUGAACUGUUAAGUCAUCUUCUGGAGAGCGAUGUCAUCAUAUAUAAUAUCACUGGGGACCCAUCCCAGAUUGAUGAAGCUUCCUGGGCAGCGUCUGCACUUCACACGGAAAUUCAAAAUUUUGAAAGCCAGAAAAUGUUUAUUUUGAUAUCUACGGUCAUGACCUGGGCACGAAGCAAGCCAAUGGACCCGGACGAUCCCGAAAUCCCUUUUACAGAAGAUGAUUAUCGGAGAAGGAAAUGUCACUUAAACUUCACAGAUCAUUUAAAUGCAGAAAAACUCAUCAUUAAGCUGGGGAAAUCUAACAAAGGCAAGUUCACAACUUAUGUGAUUGCAUCUGGCCUCCUGUAUGGAGCAGAGGAAGGAAUCCUUCAUACAUUAUUUAAAGAGGCCUGGCUGGGAGAGACCACGGCACUGCCUGUCUUUGGAGAUGGACAGAAUAUCAUCCCACUGAUCCACGUCACUGAUUUAGCAAGUGUGGUACAGAACAUUGUAGACCAGAGGCCAAGGACUCACUACCUGGUCGCAGUGGAUGACGCCAUACACACGCAGGAGGAAAUGGUCAAGGCUGUCGGCGUACACCUCGGCCCUGGCAAAGUGCAGAAGGUUUCUAAAGAAGCUGUGUUCCUGAAUAAAGAGCUAACCCAAAUAGAGAUUGACCAUUUACUGGUAAACCUGAGAAUGGAAGCCGUGUUCUUGAAGGAGAAUUUUAACAUUAACUGGGUGUCUCAGAACGGAAUAGUGGAAAACAUAGAAUCUGUCGUCAAAGAGUUCAAGGAAAGUCAAGGACUUCUGCCCAUCCGUAUCUGUAUCCUCGGACCUCCCGCUGUAGGAAAAACAACUGUGUCAAAAUUGCUAUGCAAACACUACAAACUGCAUCACAUUCACAUAAAAGAUGUCAUCACAGAGGCCAUCGCAAAUCUGGAAAGGCUUGUGAAAUCUCCUCCAGAGGAGGAAGUGGAAGCGGAAGAAGGUCCGGAAUCAUGGCAGGAACUGUUGGAUUCUGUGAAGGAGAACAUGGAACAAAAUGGAGGGCGUCUGGAUGACAGCUAUGUGAUCAAGUUCAUGAAGGAGAAACUGAAGUCUAUGCCUUGUCAGAACCAGGGCUAUGUCUUAGAUGGAUAUCCCAAGACCUACGAGCAAGCAAAGGAACUUUUUAACUCGGAAGAAGGAGAAGAAGAGGAGGAGAGUAGGAGUAAAGCUCCACAUUUUGAUAAAACCAUCACCCCAGAAUAUGUUAUUUCUCUGGGUGCAUCCGAUGAAUUCCUUAAAAACCGCGUGAUCAACCUGCCAGAAAGUGUGGUUGCUGGAACGCAUUACACACAGGAGCGUUUCCUCAGGGCCCUCGCUAUGUUCCGGGAAUUGAACACUGAAGACGAAACUGUCCUCAACUAUUUUGAUGAGGCUGAAAUCCAUCCAUUGCAUAUCGAUGUUUCAAAAGAUGAUGACCCAUUGUACAGAGACGUCUUAAAGCAGAUCACUAAGGCCAUAGGAGAGCCGAGGAACUAUGGCCUAACUGCUGAAGAGCGAGCACAGCUGGAACUUCAGGAGGCCGAGGAAAGCAUUUCCCAAGAGUUAAAAAGAAAGGCCGAAUUGGAGCGGAGGGAGGCUGAAGAGGAAGCAGAGAGGAUCGGCCAUUUGGAGGAAUGGAACACUCGUCUUGAAGAGGUGAAGCGCCAAGAACAGGAACUACUGGAGGCUCAGUCUGUCCCUUUAAGAAAUUAUUUAAUGAAGAACGUUAUGCCGACUCUGAUACAGGGGAUAAACGAUUGCGUCAAGGUCCGCCCAGACGACCCCAUAGAUUAUCUGGCGGAGUAUCUGUUCAAGAACAACCCUGAAGUACAAUGAAAACUCUUUUUAAGAUUUAAAGGUACACUGU